UAAAGAUAGUUCGCAACUAACUGCCGUGUGUUCUUGAGGUGGAACAAGCCAAGUAAAGAGAAAACAUAACAAAGUGGCGACGAGGAUGGGAUGAGGAUUUGAAAAGUAUUAAAAGCAAUCUAGAGAAACGGCAAGGAAUUCACAGAAGCAGGCGAACUCCUAAGAAUCGAGAAGAACCAGGGGUGUUCUCAUCGGAAAACAGUUGGCGGUGGUAAGAAGUACCGGUAAAGAAAAUGGCGGUUGGAAAGAUCGGUGAAUUUGAGCCGGGGAAAAAAGUUGGAAGACCUACAUCGCAAGGCUAGAGCAGUAUUUUAUUGCCAAUGGGGUCAAGGAAGAGGUCAAGGUUCCCACCUUAAUUGCAGUAGUUGGAGAUGAAACGUACGAACUGAUGGUAGAUUUAGUCAGCCCCGAGGAUCCAGCGACGCUAACUUAUGAAAAUCUAGUAAAAGUGGUGUCGCAGCAUUUAAAUCCUGAGCCGUCGAUUAUAGCUGAAAGAUAUAAAUUCCGCAGCAGGAGGCAGGAGAGCGGUGAGGAUAUUGCGCAAUUUGUGGCAGCGUUGAAGAGUUUAGCAAAAUUUUGCAAGUUCCAAGAGGCACUGGAUGACAACUUAAGAGACGCGCUAGUGGCUGGUCUAAGAAAUGAUAAAAUUAAGCAGCAGUUGUUAUCACAGAGAGUUUUGACGUUUCAGAAAGCUAUAGGAAUUGCCAGAAGAAUGGAAAUGGCAGAAAAAGACGUGGCGGCUUUCGAGGCGACGUCUGAGGUGCACAAGGUCAAGGCCAAAGAAAGACAGGCGGGAAGAAAUUGGUCGCAGCAUAAAGGUCAUCAAAAAUUAGGAGCGGAGACAGCUUCACGGGGGAAAGAAAAGCAGGAAAGGUAUUGCUGGAAUUGUGGUCUAAAGAACCACACCAAGGGUGAGUGUUUCUUUAAAAAUGCGGUGUGUGAUAAUUGUGGUGGUAAAGGGCAUUUAAAGUACGUGUGUCGAAAUAAAGAAAAAGUGAAGAGGAAGGACACGACAAAGGAAAAAAUGUCAUAUGUACAGUCGGUUGAGAAGGAAGGCUGUAAUCGUGUUUUUGAUGAGGAUACAGAUAAUAAUUUAUUUAAUAUUAAGGACAACACAACUGAUAUUAAGGCAUAUCCAAUUUAUGCUAAAGUUAAAGUGGAAAAUGCAUUGUUAAAUAUGGAAGUAGACACAGGGUGUGAAUAUUCCUUAAUAUCAGGGAAAGUUUAUAACAGGUACUUCUCACAUUUGAAUAUCUCAAAAAGUAACAUAAAGUUGUCGGGUUAUACUGGUACACCAGUAGGUACAGCAGGGUUUAUUAUGGUAAAUGUACAAUUCACCAAUAAUUCAAAGCGUUUGAAGUUAUAUGUCGUACCAGAAGGAGGACCAUGUUUGGUAGGGCGAAAUUGGAUGCAAAAUUUGGGAAUUAAUGUAAUAGAUAAUGAGGUUAGAGUGAAUAAGGUGACUGAAAAUAUGAAGUUAGAAAAGCUAAUCGAGGAAUAUGGUGAUAUAUUUGAUAACAAGUUGGGUCUGUUAAAAAAUUUUAAGGCAAAAUUACAUUUGAAAGCUGAGGCUGUUCCAGUUUUUUGUAAAUCGCGAUCAUUGCCAAUUAAUAUUAAGUCUAAGGUAGAAGAUGAAUUAAAUAGGUUGGUAAAUGAAAAUAUUUUAACUCCAGUUGAGUAUAGUCAAUGGGCAAGUCCUAUAGUACCAGUACUUAAGAAAAAUGGGGAUAUUCGUAUUUGUGGAGAUUUUAAAGUGGCUGUAAAUAGGAAUUUGAACACGGAACGUUAUCACAUACCAAAAGUUGACAAUUUAUUAGCUCAUUUGGGCGAAGGUACUCACUUUACUAAAAUAGAUUUAUCCCAAGCAUAUGCACAAAUUGAAUUAGAUAGUGAAUCGCGAGAGUUAGUUACAAUUAAUACUCAUAAAGGAUUAUUCAGUUAUAAUAGACUUCCGUACGGUAUAUCCUCAAGCCCAGCAAUUUUUCAAAGAAUAAUUGAUUCUCUGUGUUACAAGUUAAAAGGAGUUAUCGCGUUCAUGGAUGACAUUUUAGUGACAGGAGCAACCGAAAAGGAACAUUUAGAGAAUUUGAAGUUGUUAUUUAAUAAAAUUCAAGAGUCGGGUUUGAAAAUUAAUUUGUCAAAGUGUAGCUUCUUUCAAAAAUCUGUUUCAUACUUAGGGUACACAAUUGAUGCUGAGGGACUACAUCCGUCUAAUGAUAAGGUAAAAGCUUUAACACAGAUGAAGCAGCCUACAAACAAAGUAGAGCUACAAUCAUUUCUUGGGUUUGUAAACUUUCAUGGUAAGUUUAUUCCAAAUGUAAGUAGUAGGGCGAAUCCUUUAUAUAAACUUUUACGAAAAAACAGUAGAUGGCAUUGGAACAAACAGUGUCAGAAAUCUUUUGAGUGGAUAAAAGGGGAAAUUAAGUCAGCAAAAGUACUAAUGCACUAUAAUCAGAAACUGCCUUUAGGUUUAGCAUGUGACGCUAGUUCCACAGGGGUUGGAGCUUGUAUUUUUCACAUUUUAGAGAAUGGGGAUAGAAGACCUAUAGCAUUUGCUUCAAGAUCGUUAAAUAGCGCUGAAAAGAAUUACUCGCAGAUAGAUAAAGAAGCGCUGGCAAUAAUUUUUGGAGUUAAACGAUUUAACGAUUAUUUAUUUGGACGUAAGUUUUUUCUUUAUAGUGACCACAAACCGUUAUUAGCGAUUUUCGGUGAAAAUAAGCAAAUACCUCAAUUAACGGCUAGUCGUUUGCAACGAUGGGCCAUUAUUUUAGCAAGUUUUGACUAUGAACUUAAAUAUGUCAAAUCGAAACAUAAUUAUUCGGACGCGCUUUCACGUUUAUCUUUACAGGAGACUCCAUGCGAGAAUACAGAUUUUGGACAUAUCUUACAUGUGACGGAAACGUUAGCGAUUGAUCAUAAGUUGCUUGCAAAAGAAACUCAAAGAGAUCCAAUGUUAAGAGAAGUUUUUAGGUAUUGCGUGGAUGGCUGGCCGUUGAAUAUACCUAUCGAGCUGAAGCCAUAUUUUAACAGAAAAGACCAGUUGCACAUAGAGCAUGGUUGUAUUAUUUGGGGUUUAAGGGUUAUUGUUCCGAAAAAUCUACAAGCAAAGAUUUUGGAAGAGAUUCAUUCUAGUCAUCUAGGUAUAAAUAAGUGCAAGUCACUGGCAAGGUCAUACUGUUAUUGGCCGUAUAUUGAUAAUGACAUAACGAAUGUGUGUAAAAAUUGUAGCGCUUGUUCACAGUUACAGUGCAAUCCACAGAAAACAAUUCUGCAACCAUGGCCUCAAACGAAUAAAGUUUGGUCAAGAAUCCAUCUUGAUUUUUUAGGCCCGAUUUAUGGUCAUAAAUAUUUAGUGGUAAUUGAUUCACAUUCAAAGUGGUUGGAAGUUAAAACGAUGAAUAAUUCAAAUGCUUCGGCGGUUAUUAAUUAUUUGACAUACUUAUUUUCAAUUUUUGGACUUCCAGAUACCGUAGUCUCAGAUAAUGGGCAACCGUUUAGUUCAAACGAAUUUUCGAAAUUUCUUCAGAAUAAUGGAAUAAUACAAUUAUUUAGUCCACCUUAUCAUCCAGCAAGUAAUGGUGCUGCCGAAAGUAGUGUCAAGACAGUAAAACGUAGAAUUAUUAAAGCUCAUUUAGAAAAAGAAAAUAUUGGACAAGCUUUAUUACACUUUUUGUUUAGUUAUAGAAACGUUCCUCAUUCGACAACAGGUGUGAGUCCAGCAGAAAUAAUGUUUGGUAGACAUUUAAAAUCACGUUUGUCACUACUGAGGCCUUCUCAAGUAAAUAUUAAUAAUAGACAGACUCAAAGGCAAAUAGACAAUUAUAAAGGGGUGAACAGAACUUUCGAAAUUGGCGACAAGGUUUUAGUCAAAGAUUAUGCUAUACCUGCCAAACCUACUAGGUCGCCAGGAAUAAUAAGACAAAAAUCUGGUAAUGUCAUCUGUGAAGUGGAAGUUGAACAAGGUAAAAUAGUUAAAAGACAUUCAAACCAAAUCAGACUACAGGGUUCUUGCUCAACGUCCACUGAUUCAUGUAACGAACAACAAAAUGUUAAAAAUUCAGUAGUUACAGCUACUAAUAGGGACAUCACUGUACCAAUUUCAUCUGUAGCUAGGGGAAAUGAUGAUGUAAAUAUUAUACCUAACCAAGACAAUAUUAUACCUAACCCAGACAAUAUUAUACCUAACCAAGACAAUGUUAUACCUAACCAAGACAAUGUUAUAGCUAAUCAGGAUAAUGUUAAUGUAUCGCCAAACUCAGUUGUUAGGCAUAGAUAUUUUUUAAGAAAUAGAGUUAAGUAAGGUUCAACAAUUCAUAGUGUACAUAAUGAUUUUUGUACUAGAAGUUUUUAUUAUGUUUUAUUUUAAGGGGAAGGAAAUGUGGUGUAUCUAGUAGUUAGAAGUCUAUGGGAGUUGUAUAUGCGCAGUACGUUUUUAACAAUA